UGUGACAAACAUGCAAAAGAAUAAGAAAUCAGGAAGGGGGCAAAUAGUUUUUCACACCACUGUAUAUUCUCAGACUUGCUUAAUUUAAUUAUGGAUUUAGGAGGCUGGGGUCUGUCCUGUCAGUCCUUUGCAGGACCUCCUCAUACACACAUACAUAAGUUAUGACUUUGGGAUGCAGGACACAAGGAAUGUGCAAAUUCCACAUUGACAGCAACAAUUUCGGAGCUGUGAGGCAGCAGCACUAAUAAUUGAUCACAUUGCCGCCCCGCCAUCAAACAUUACCUAAAUAUCUCAUUGAACAAGUGGACGCAUUGCAUUUUGGAUGACCUUUUCUCUGAACUGGUUAUGGUGCUAUUUCAAUAGAGACCAGAACACCUGUCAGAGCUUAUGUGAAAUUCAAAAAAAGGAGUGCUGACACAAGAAUUGACUUUUCAGCAGGAAAAUGAUCCAAAAACAGGAUCAGGGGAAACUACAAUGGCUCAGGCAUAUGAUGGUGAAUUCUACUAAUUAGACUCCUUUCCAGGAGGAAGCUGGCACAGCAUUAAAUGUGCUUUCCAUAAGCAGUAUCUCCAAGCAGCUUGACACAAUCCACCCUGAAGAAGGACAGGUAUUCAGUCUUAUCCUGUCUCUUCCCUCUCUACUUUCAUUGUGGUUGGCAGAAAUAUGUAGUGAGCAGAGAGUGAGUGUGACGAAGGAAUGGCCAGUUGUUCAGCACAGAAAAUUGGAUUUCCUUGUGGGCCGAUGGUUCAAGUUCAUAUCUGUUAUAGACUGGCACUUAAAGAAAGAAACAACCCCCGGAAUGAGCAGAGGGUUCUGAUGAAGUAAUAAUCGAUAACAAAUAACAUGCAUAUACUGCUUUUCUAAUAUAUUCCAAACUCUUUACAUGGUGGGGAAGCACUUUAACCAGCAAUUUGUAACAACCACCGCAAGCCAUUUAUGUGGCAAUAUGCUCAUCACACCACAAGCUGUUAGGUGGUGAAGAGGUGAGAUAAGUUAGCCAGUAAGGACAUGGGGAUGAUUAAGGAGCCAGAAUGACCAGGCUAUGGUGGGCAAUUUCGCCAGGACAUCGAGAAACACACAACUCUUUUGAAAAGAUACCCAAGUGAUCUUUUAUGAACACAGAAAGUUAGGACCUCUGCUUUACAUCUUGUCAGAAGGACAGAGCCUGUUUUACAAUAGCACAGUGUCCCUGUCACUGCCAUGGGGCCAUUGGUAUCCACACACACCAAAGGAUAAGUGUCUCUUCAUAUACUGUAUAAUGAAUAAAAGAGAAAGGGCAAUUAAUAUGGCUAUUGAAGUUAAAACAAAAGGAAAGCAAUGAGCUUCCCCCUGAAUUAACAUCCAAGUGUGUUGGGGGACUUGUUUAGUGAAACCUUUCCACUUCAAGGAGCCCCCUAAUCUAUCACACACGUUUAAAAUGUACAAGGAAAUCAGGAUCCAUACAGAACCCAAGGGUGUAUAUGCAGAGUUCACAUAGUAAUAAGGAUGAGACUCAAACUCGAGUCAUUGAAGUUAUGAGGCAGCAGCGCUAAACACUCAGCCAUCUUGCUACCUGUCCGGCAUUAUGUCACAAUAGAAAUGGCCUUCAAGAUAAAGUGUCAGUUACCUGGAUGUUUCUGACCAGUUGGUGCAUAGGGGCCCUCGUCACUGGGGCUUUGGGAUCCACACAGAGACCACAGGGUUAGCACCCACUGAUGGCCCACCUCGCCACACUUCUUCCAGCAGCAACCCAAGCUUUUCUUAGAUGACCUCCCAAGCAAGUGCUUGCCAGGUACAAACAUGCUUAGCUUUAGGUGGCUUACCUGUUCUGAAGUCGAACAUUGACAUUAAUGAACUCAAUUUAAUACUUCAGAUAUUUGUCACAACCGUUCUUGUUUAUUAUGUUCUUCCUUUUCAAGUAAAUCAUUACAUUUCUUAUGAACAAGCUGAAUGAGGGUGGCUUAUGCUAAUUGUUGGGUAAACGCAUAGUUAUUGAAAAUGUAAGAAAUGUAUUUUAGAUAAUAUAACUGGAUUUAAUAGUAAGACUUAUUGUGUACGCGUUAUAGUAUAGAUAUUAAUAUUUCCGUGUAAAUACUCCUGAGAAGUCAUGUUUUGAGUGAUCUGGUUUUUUUUUUUGUGUUUUUUUUCUGGGAUGUGGGACAAGUCCUAGUUGGGUCUGGCCGUUGAACAAAAAGAAAGUGAAGUCAGGAGACUGGAAAGUUAAAAGGAACGGAGAAUCCACGGCUUUAGUGUCAUUACUUGAUUUGUCCUUCUUUUAUAAUUAGAAAUGUGGUCACUUUUUCCUUGAUUACCACUUUGUAAAAGUUUGGAUAUGGAAGCGUUCGGGGAGUGUGGGGGUCGCUGCCCACCCGGCCGAUAGUGCACCUGCCGAUGGCAACAGGUGGAAUAGGUUUUCCUAAACAGUUUAUUGCAGAGCAACGGAGCCUCAGCGGUAGGCGCGGUGUCAUUACGAUGUACUUAACUAAUAGAUCUGAGGCCCCAGCGCGGGAGGGCGGAGCUGCUCGUGGGAGGGGCCCUGCCACACCUGUGCAGGUGAGCCGAGUGCUCCACUGUGUCAUUGUCACGGAGAGCGCAAGGUAGCUGGUCACUCGUCGGGUAAAGGAGUAUGUGCCGUGAAGCACACGGUCAAUUACGAAAAAAACCAACAACAACCAGUGCGCCUAAGUUUAGAAGGUUCGCUUUACGUUUGACAGACAGACACGAAGACCUCGCACGUUGGGGAGCUGCCGAACCAAAUCAGCUACAUUUUUGACGGACCCUCGGUGUAGUUCGGAGCUGGUGAAAGAAGACGUUUGAGCGAGGACAGUCAUCAUCACGGAUUUUAAAAUGGGUCGUAAGUCUGCGAGAAAUGAUUUUGAGUGGGUUUAUACUGACCAACCGCACACUUCCAGGAGGAAAGAAAUCAUAGCUAAGUACCCACAGAUCAAGGCGCUCAUGGGAGCAGAUCCCCAGCUAAAGUGGAUCGUCUCAGCUAUGGUGCUCACGCAGCUGCUGGCCUGCUACUUGGUGAGGACGCUCUCCUGGAAAUGGGUGAUCUUCUGGGCUUACACCUUCGGUGGCUGCAUCAACCACUCUCUGACCCUGGCAAUCCAUGACAUCUCCCACAACGUGGCCUUCGGCAACAAGCAUGCCCGCUGGAACCGCUGGUUUGCAAUGUUUGCCAACCUGCCCAUUGGCAUGCCUUACUCUGCCUCCUUCAAGAAGUACCACAUAGACCAUCACCGCUACCUAGGAGGCCACGGUCUGGAUGUGGACAUCCCUACUGAUUUAGAAGGCUGGUUUUUCUGCAGCCCGCUCCGCAAGCUCCUUUGGCUGUUUCUACAGCCCCUCUUCUACGCUCUGAGGCCGCUGUACGUCAACCCCAAGCCGGUGACCAGACUAGAAAUUCUGAAUGCUGCUGUGCAGUUUGCUGCUGACCUGCUCAUAUAUUACCUGUGUGGUCUGAAGGCCAUGGUCUACCUGGUAGCGGGUUCCAUUCUCUGCAUGGGACUCCAUCCUAUUUCUGGCCACUUCAUCGCAGAGCAUUACAUGUUUCUGAAGGGCCACGAGACCUAUUCGUACUACGGGGUGCUGAACCUUCUCACGUUCAACGUGGGCUAUCACAUGGAGCACCACGAUUUCCCUAGCAUCCCAGGCAGCAAGCUACCAGAGGUCAAGAAGAUUGCCGCCGAGUUCUACGACCACCUACCCCAGCACACCUCCUGGGUCCACGUCUUAUGGGAUUUUGUGUUUGAUGACUCCAUUGGGCCAUACGCCCGGGUGAAGCGGCACUGCCGACUGGUUACGCAGGACUGACUUUUGCCCAACUGCACCCUGCCUUAGAAGCAGGGCAUCGCACUAUCUAGGUACGUGAGGUGGUCUGCCAUUGGGCACAUUGUGGAAGCAGCAGGCAGGCAAGAAAGAAGGAUUGUGUAAGAAAUGACUAGUAACUGGUUGAAACUUCAACUUACCCAAAGGCUAGACGCCCAAAACUGGUACCACAUUUCUGUUCCAUUCACACAUCUGAUGGGCCUUUUUGGUCACUUCUUUCAUUUAGAAGAAUUCAUCACUCCUUGAAAUGCCAUUCCUUUUUUUUCCAGGUUUGAGUAAAUCCUAGCAGCCAGUGAUUCUUCAGUGGUCCAAAAUCACAAAUAUGCCUCAGCUCUGCUAAGUGGGUACACCUACUCCUAAUAGGCAUGUAGCGUACAAGCUUACAAUGAGUGUUCAACACAUCUAGCCAACAUGCCAGUGGGUACCACACCAAUGAAGAGCAUCUAGUGAAGCAUCUGUGAGCACCGCAUUUCAAUGGGGCAUCUGAUAAUGUGUCUGGGGCAGAGGCACGUCGCUCCUAAUGAGUGUGUAGCAUCUAACAAGGUGGGGCCUGGCAAUGGUUAAUGGGUGUUCAGUGAGACACUGAGGAGGACUUAUAUUAGUCAUGACUGGCACCUGCUAAAGCAUCUGCGGAACCAGCUGUAGCAAGGCACUGCAGGGCGCUCCUCCUGCAAUGGCUGUGUAGUGCUAUGUCUGAUAGCCGGAGUAUUUAGACAUAUCUGGUGAUUCAGACCACUCAUAAUGGGCAACUUCCAAAGCAUUUGCAGAACCAGCUCUAGCAACGCAUCACAGGGAGCCCCUGCUGCAAUGGCUGUGGUUUGGUAUGUCAGACGUAUGGGCCAUUUAGAGACAUAUCUAGUGGUUGUGACCACUCAUACUGGGCAUCUAGUUAAGUAUGUACAAGUACAGCACCCAUCUAAAGACACAGCCCACGUGUGGUGCAUCUAGCAAGGCCUCUGCAUGCCCACCACUCUUAAAAGACACCCAUUUGUCUCUUAAAAGACACCCAUUUGUCUCUCAAUUCAUCUAGCAAAGUGUCUGUAGCAUUGCUUGAGAUCCGAAGAGGCACCACUCAGAUGAGGCACUCACAGGGCACAUCAAUCAAAACAGAGCAUCUGGGGGCACUUAAUGAGGCAUCAAGGGGUCACACCAUUCAUGGAGAUCAUUCAGUGAGCCAUCUGGGGACACGGUAUUUAAACAGGAGACACACUCAGGUAUCUGGGGGAAAGUCACUCAUGAAGUUCUUGCCAUGCCAUCUGAUUUCUGGUGUCCCCCAUACUGGGCGCUGAUUGAUUCAGUUGAGUUGGGUGUACAAUCGCAGUAGGGAGUGGCAGCACAAGUCAUGGCACACAAGCGGGUCCACACUGAGAGAUCUCAGGGGCACAAGUGUAUUCUAUGACUGAUAAUAACAAAGGUGUUUACAGUCAAACAGCACCUUUCAGUCCCCACAGAUGUUCAGAGCGUUCGAGAGAGGCUGAGGUGUUAACACGGCAGCUGAGAAGAUGGAACUGUGGCCUCCUGGGAAGUGUUAGAGCCUCAAGUACGGGCAUCUCGCAAUGGGGAGUGGCAGGACGCGCAGCUCGUGCACACCUGACAGGGGGUGUUUCAGGUUCACAGAGAUGCUUUGGAUGAUUCAUGGACAGUGUGGUGGCUUUGCAGUUAGCUCUGCUGCUUCACAGCUCCAGCAUCCUAAAUGGUUCAAUCUCUGCCCACCCACCACACACGGGUUUAUCGUGUUUGUGUGAGUUUACCUCCCACAUCCCAAAGGCAAACAGGCUGGCUGAACUGGCAAAUGUAACAUGGCACUGUGAUGAAAUGACAUGGAGUUGGUUACUUGCAGUACAGAUGCCGAUAUCGCAUGGACCUGUCAUUGGAUUAAGUAGGAUCCACUGAAAGAAGAUACUGAGCAACAGCAGCAGACAGAGGGCAUUCCCAGCUACUUCAGGGGACCUCAGCUUCAUCUAAAGAAAGGGGAAGGAGGGAAAUUCAGAAAGUGACACACACAUGGAGAGCAGACAGUGGGUAUAUCCAAGUAGGAGGACACUAGGACUUAGAUGUGCACUGGGGAGUCAUGGGCUUGAUGGAGGUACAUAAAGAGCAUCCAUCCAUACAUCCAUUUUCUAUUUGGGUUCGAGUCACAGGGUGGCAGUCUAAACAAAGACACCCAGAUGUUUUGUUUCCUCACCACCUCCUCCCAACUGCUCUGAAGGAAUAAUGAGGCAGUCCUAGGUCAGCUGGGAAUUAUUUUCUCUCUCCAUUAUGCCCUGGGUCUGCCCCCAAUAUCUCCUUCUGGUUGGACAUGCAUGCCUGAAACACCUCCACAGAGGCGUCCAGAAGGCACAGAUGCUCGAGCCAUUUCAACUGGCUCCAUCUGAUACUAGGGAGAAGACCUAUAAAGUACAUUGGGUGUCACGGAUUUAUACACAGCAGAUAGUGGCUGCCACUGGCACAUAAAGUGUGGAGGUUCACCAAAAGCAGAUGGGCCUUCACAGGAACAGACAGAAACUGAAGCAUACUUACCCAGCAGGCCGAAGUUACUCCAUGUGCCCCCAAGUGAAGGCACAGCAGAGCCCACCCUGUGUCACGGUCUCACAGAGCAGGCCAUGGCUGUUUCUGAGAGGGUGAAGCGGUCUUCACUUACCUGAAAAGGCACAGGAUGUUGCCAACAGUGGGCACCUCCAGCACAGAUUUCAGUCAAAGUUACUGAAUUAUGGGCAAGCAGAGUAAGCUGUGAUGUAAAAACUUUGUGCCUGAUAUGGUGGGGCGAUUGCACUGAAUAUGGCACAAUUUCAUUUAUAAGCCCGUGAACCUUUUGAAAUGACUUACUCAUCAAAGUGUGGUCUAAUGUUUAACUAAGUCACGGUCAUAGGCAAACAACAUCUGCAUGAACUAGUAACACACUUUCUGUCAAUACUGAACACGUUGUUUCAACAUUCACAGUCCAGGCUGUUUUAGUAACUGCUAGAACCUCUUUGAGUCCCAGUACUCCUCACCAAACAUUACCUGCAGCUGCUCAUCAGUCUUGGACUAUGGGUAGGAGGAAUCGGAGACCAUUGUACAUUACAAAUCUGUUCCUUAAUAUUCCUUGCGUGAGCAGCCCUCUUUGCCACAUGCCACAGCUUCUCAUUUGGGGUGAGGGCUGGACUCUAACUUCAUUCCAGAACACACAUUUUCCUUUUGUUUCAAUCCAUUCUUGGGUGUUCCAGGUCAUUGUCUUAUUGGAUCACCCAACAGAAUCAGGUGACUGACAACAAGGCUGCUCUGACAUUCUCUUAUAGAAUUUCUUGAUACAAUUUUGACUUCAUUAUUUCUUUCUUUGGAAAGUAAGCUGUCCAAACCCUAAGGCAACAAAGCAGCAUCACACCAUGAUGCUUCCUCCAUUGUCCUUCACCGACGAGAUGAGGUUCUAAAACAUCCAUAAACAUUUUGACAAGAACAGGUCAUAUAGGCCCAGCUCACUAAUCCUAUCCAUAUAAUUCAUCCAUGAAAACAUAAGAACAUUGGAAUAGCUUUUGGUAUUGGCGAGAUGUGCUGGUCCUCCACCAAACAUACAACAUGCAGUUCUCUCAGAGGGUUUUGUCUCAUCUGUUCACAGUGUUGUGCAGAACACUCCGUGGUCUUCUGCUAACUUUAAAUCUGCAGCAAUGUCUCUUCUAUGGAGCAGUGGUUUCCUUUGUGGUGUCCUUCCCUGAACACCAUUACUGUUCUGUGUUUUUCUUAUGUUGUAUAUACGUGAGCAGAGGCUUUGGGAAGUUCAGGAGAUGUCUGCUCGUCAUUUGCUUUGCAUGCUGGGUUCUUGUCAUGAUCUUUGUAGGACAGCAACUUCCAGGGACAGCAGGAACAGUGCAGAGUACCCUCCAUUUGCAAACAACUUGUCUAAUGGUGGACUGUGCAGAACCCAGGUCUUUAGAAGUCUCUAAUGCAAGUCUCUAAUAUAUCUUCUAAGAGUAUUUUGCUUGAUGUUCCGUUCUUGAGAGGAGGAGCACUGAUUCUGUCGGUAACCAAACUUUGAGCUUUUUUGUAUGGCACUGAACCUCCACCCUACACCGUCAACCUCCUCUCAUUGACUGAACGCUCAACUCCAAUUUGGAGAAGUCGUUGACCUUGAAGGUCACCUGCUUUUUUCACCCUGGCCUGUGAAUGUUUAAACGAUGUGUUCAGAAGCCGCAAUUGUUUGUGUCGUUAGUUUAAGAAGAUUGUAUUUUCCGAUUUUCGUGAUUAGGUUUUAUGAGGGAUUACUGCAGGUAACCACAAAGGGUCCACGAACGUCUUCUUGUGUAAAGCCCCACAGCUUCAUUGUUGGAACGCAACGCCAUGUAGGAGCGACAUAUGACACUCACACAUCAAAUAAGAGCCUCUUGUUCGCUUUUCACAUGGUUCACAGCUUUAUUAAAAUGGGGAUUCAACAGGAAAGUGUGUGUCAACUGGAAGCCACUUUUAAAAAUCAAGGGGAAAACUAAAUGAAUACAAGCGGACCUCGCAGCCAACAGACAUUUUAUUAUCAACAAGAUCACAAAUACUUGUGUGUUCAGAUGUAUCAUUGAUAAGGUUGCAA